AUGUUGCUGCCAUCGUCAGUGCUACUUGCACUUAGCCUCCUCACCUGGAGUCCCAGCUCAUCAUGGGCUGCUAAAAUCAUUGUGGUCCCACCUAUUAUGUUUGAAUCACACCUCUACAUCUUCAAGACUCUGGCAACGGCACUACACCAAGAGGGUCAUGAGACCCAUUUUCUAGUUUCAGAGGGCCGUGAGGUCCCACCUUCUCCUCAUUACCAUUUACAGCGCUAUCCAGGGAUCUUUAACAGCACGACAGCUGACAACUUCCUCCAGUCUAAAGUCAGCAACAUCUUCUCAGGACGCUUGACAUUUCUUGAACUGUUUGAUAUCCUUGACCACUACUCUCAGAACUGUGAUGCUGUUGUCGGCAAUGGUGCAGUAAUGAACCACCUGAAGGAGGCUAAGUUCGACUUGCUACUAGUGGACCCUAAUGAAAUGUGUGGUUUUGUGAUUGCUCAUAUUCUGGGUGUGCAGUAUGCCGUUUUCAGCACAGGGUUGUGGUACCCAGCAGAAGUGGGAGCCCCGGCGCCGUUGUCAUACGUGCCAGAAUUCAACUCACUCUUGACAGACCGCAUGUCCUUUCUGCAGAGGAUCGCUAAUACAGGCGUUUACCUGGCACAGCGCUUUGGAGUCCAUUACAUUGUGUUACCCAAAUAUGACCGGAUUAUGAGAAAGCAUGGAGUAAAGCCGUAUGCAGCCAUGGCUGACUUGGUACAGGGGAGCAGGCUGUGGAUGCUGUGCACUGACAUGGCCCUGGAGUUCCCAAGGCCCACUCUUCCACAUGUAGUCUACAUUGGAGGCAUUCUCACAAAGCCCCCCAGUCCACUUACAAAGCAUUUUCAGGACUUGGUGAAUGACACAGCAGAGCAUGGCUUUGUGGUUGUGUCGUUUGGUGCUGGAGUGAAGUACCUCUCCCAUGACAUUGCUCACAAACUUGCAGGAGCUUUAGCAAGGCUACCACAGCGCGUCAUCUGGAGAUUCUCCGGAGUCACACCCAGUAACCUUGGUAACAACACGAAGCUCGUUGAUUGGAUGCCACAGAAUGACUUACUGGGCCAUCCUAACACUAAGGCCUUUCUGAGCCAUGGAGGCCUAAACAGCAUCUACGAGGCCAUGUAUCAUGGGGUGCCGGUUGUAGGUGUGCCCCUUUUCGGAGACCACUAUGACACCAUGACCCGUGUGGCAGCAAAAGGGAUGGGAAUCAUGCUGCACUGGAAAUACAUGUCGGAGGAAGAUCUCUACAAUUCCUUAAGCAGCGUCAUCAAUGACCCUAGGUACCGCGAGCAGGCUCGUCUCCUCUCCAACAUCCACAAAGAUCAGCCAGGUCACCCAAUCACCAGGGCUGUGUACUGGAUCGGCUACAUCCUCCGUCACAACGGAGCUAACCACCUGCGCUCAGCUGUAUACGAAGUGUCCCCUUACCAGUACUUCCUCUUGGAUGUGAUUUUUAUUGUUGGAGCUACUGGCGCUCUGAUAGUGUUCCUGCUGCGUAGGCUGGUACAUCUCCUCAGGGCCAAGGAUGGGCACCAGAACAGAAGAGUGGAUGGCAGCAUGACCAAUGGACACUGCCACUCUGAGAGCAUUGCCAACGGGAAGCACAAACGCAAUGGCUCUUUGAAAACCGAGAAGAAGAUAAAUUAGUAUGUCUGAAUGGCUAAGUGAGGAAGAAGUUGCCUUAGGGACUCAGCUCUUGGUUUGUUUCAUUGCUUUAAUGAAAGCAUGGAGCAAAAGCUGUUCUUAGGGCUGCGUCACAAGGCAACUACUACUCAUAGCGAGCACAAGGCUGUAGGAGGAUUAAAUGUGCGAUGUGUGGGAACAGAGCAAGGCAUCGGGUGCUCCAAAUCUGUGUGUAUGUGUGUGUUUAGAUGAAUGUUUGUGCUACAAGGCAAAAUUAACAUUAAAAAAAGAGAAAAAAUAUAACCACAGCUAAAGCAAGACACUGGAAGGUCUUUUUGAGGAUGAAAUACAGGAAGGACACAUCUAUAAGAGCAUCUCAUCUCCAUGUUCUAUGCUGGCUUCCUUAGCAGGAGGAGUAGGACGAAGAGGAGCCAACGCUUUAUCCUCGGAACAAAGCAACAAAUCAAACAGCUUUGGAUUGAUCCUUUAUUUUAAAGCGUCUGAUGGUAACUGAAAAUAGAGGAAACAUCUAUUUAUUGCUGCUCCAAUGCAUUUUAAUGAGGGAACUUUUUAACUUUGUCUUAUUGUUAAUUUAUUUCAUUUGUCUGUCAGAGGUGUGGCAGUAUGACCGUGGAUGUACACUCCUUACUCUGAGGUCACAGCUUUGUAUGAGUCAAAGAAAUAGAACACUGACAGCAACAAUUAUGAAUCUGUGAUGGCUUUUUAAUGUAGAUGCAACUGACUGAUUUAUCCUUGUAAAAAUACGUCCUCACUUUUUCACGUAGUAUUGCAAAGCUUGUUAACUACGGUGGCAUUUCCAUCUAUUCCUGACUGUCAGCCAACUCUGCUUGGCUUCUCUUUGUCAGAAAGUGAUUUUGCUUGGUUUGUUUUUUUUAGAUUUCUUUUUAAAGUAAAGCCUUAAACCAGGGAAAGCCAGAUGGGACAUCUAACGGUCCUAAAGAGACAAGGAUGGAUCAGAGCAUCACGCAUUUAUGAUUGUUGCUACUGUGCUCCAGUUUCUUCAUUCUGUUUCCAAAUUCUAUUUAUUAAAGUAAAGAGUUCUUUCUCUGUUGCCAUUUUCAGGGUCAAACUUGACUUUGUACAUCAUUUUUUUCCAUUAUUUAGUUGUUACUUAAAUUUAGGGUAGUAAUUUUUACUUUUUAGGAAUGCUAGCCUUAAGUUACUUCCACUAACUGUUUCCCUUCCAUAAGUCUGGAUGGCUUUGUUGCAGUCCAUGUGAUAACCACCAGAUAUAGAAUAUUUCAAGCUUGCGUCUCAAAGUCAUCAUACAGCGUUAACCUGGGUUUGUUGACAAGGGGAAUGUAUGGUUAAGCCCUUUGUUGUUGACAGAAUUGUUCAACUUUUUCAAUGUUAAAACAAAUAAUCAUUUUU